AUGGGCAACUGCUGUGAGAGCGCGUCCAACUUCUUUGGGCCCCAGAAGAACACAAACGUUCGUGUCAGCCUGCCUGCCGUCUGCUUCGUCUGGCAGAUUGCUAUGAUUGUGCUGUUUGGGGUCUUCAUCAGGUACGACGAGGAAUCAGAUGCUCACUGGGUAGAGUUAAAAAAGACUGAGAACCUCACAGACCUCCAGAAUGAAUUCUACUUCAGAUAUCCAAGCUUCCAGGAUGUCCACGUCAUGAUCUUUGUUGGCUUUGGUUUCCUCAUGACGUUCCUAAAACGUUACAGCUUCAGUGCUGUGGGCUUUAACUUCCUGAUCGCUGCCUUUGGCCUGCAGUGGGCUCUCCUUAUGCAGGGCUGGUUCCACCACUUCGACUACUCUACUGGAAAAAUCUACAUAGGAAUUGAAAGUUUGAUAAAUGCAGACUUCUGCUGUGCUGCCUCUCUGAUCGCCUAUGGAGCCAUCCUGGGUAAAGUCAGCCCUGUGCAGCUCAUGGUUGUCACCUUGUUUGGUGUCACUCUGUUUGCUGUGGAGGAGUAUAUCAUCCUAGAUCUCCUUCAUUGCAGAGAUUCUGGUGGCGCCAUGGUCAUUCACUGCUUUGGAGGCUACUAUGGUUUGGCCAUAUCCUGGGUGCUUUACCGACCAAAUCUACAUAGAAGUAAACGACUCAAUGGAUCCGUUUACCACUCUGAUCUUUUUGCAAUGAUUGGCACAUUGUUCCUGUGGAUGUUCUGGCCCAGUUUCAAUUCGGCCAUCGCAAACCACGGCGAUGGGCAGCACAGGACUGCAAUGAACACCUACAUCGCUCUGGCUUCUUCUGUGCUCACUACUGUUGCCCUCUCAAGCAUGUCCAAGAAGGAAGGAAAACUGGACAUGGUACAUAUCCAGAAUGCCACUCUGGCAGGUGGUGUUGCCAUGGGAACAGCAGCAGAGUUUAUGAUCACUCCUUACGGUUCGCUCAUUGUGGGAUUUUGCAUCGGCAUCAUCUCUACUUUUGGCUAUUUGUACGUCACGCCUUUCUUAGAGAAGCGAUUGAAGCUGCAGGAUACAUGUGGCAUCCAUAACCUGCAUGCAGUACCAGGCAUGCUCGGUGGCUUCAUAGGUGCCAUCGUUGCAGCAACAGCAAGUGAAUCGGUCUACAGCAAACAGGGGCUGAUCGACACAUUUGGUUUUACUGGAAAGUACGAAAACAGAUCACCGGGAACGCAGGGAGGCUUUCAGGCUGCAGGAGUGUGCGUGGCCAUGGCAUUUGGGCUUGUUGGAGGAGCUAUUGUUGGUUUCAUCCUGAAGUUCCCAAUCUGGGGCGAUGCUGCUGAUGACUACUGCUUUGAUGAUGAAGCCUACUGGGAGCUUCCUGAAGAGGAAGAGACCAUUCCUCCUGUCUUGGAGUACAACAAUCACAUGACACAACAUAAGCACCAGGAAACACCUGAGACAAGCUUCUCUGUGGUAGAAAGCUAA